AUGGACCCCACCCGUUUGUCGGUGCAGCCGGCUGGCGCCGGCACCAAGUUUCGGGCGAUUCAGCAAGCGAAGGAGAUGGAAAACAUCGUGGCUGAGCGAGCCAAGCGCAGCGGUGAUGAACCGCCGCCGUACGAUUUCUAUGAAUUGAUUGGCAAGGGCGCAUACGGCCGUGUGUUCAAGGGCAAAAACCGCAAUAAUGAUGGACUGGUUGCCAUCAAGAUCAUUGACAUUGACUCUGUCGAUUACGAAGAGAUGACCACCAAGAACCUUUCUGAGACACUCAAAGAGAUCAACAUCCUCCAGCAGCUGCGAGAUAGCAAGGCACGGCCAUAUGUGAACAUCAUCGAAGAAGCUCGGUCCGUUCACAACGAACUCUGGAUUGUCAGCGAAUAUGCUAGCGGUGGCAGUGUCAACACUCUUAUGAAGCCUACCAUGAAUCUUAGAGAUCCAGGGCCAGGACUACCAGAAAAGUUCAUAAUACCGAUCGCGCGCGAGCUAGCGUUAGGACUAAAAUACGUACACGAGGCUGGCGUGUUGCACAGAGAUUUAAAGUGUAACAACAUAUUGAUCCUCGAGGACGGCCGGGUGCAAUUGUGCGAUUUCGGUGUAUCUGGGCAGCUUGAGCCUGAGAGCUCAAAGCGAUCGACCAUUGUUGGCACGCCAUAUUGGAUGGCACCUGAACUCCAGAACGAGUGGAUUAAAGACGCGCACCCGCAGAGCAGAAUUAGACCCAACGACAUUUUAUAUGGGUCCGAGGUUGAUAUCUGGGCAUAUGGAUGCACGAUCUACGAGAUGGCGACCGGUUUCCCGCCGUUUCACAGAACCGUCCAGUGGGACUUACCGGAGACCGGAGUCCCUGUUCUGGAAGGCGAGAGACAUUCAGACGCCUUGAAAGAGUUCGUAUCCUUCAUCUUGCAGCCAAAUCCUGAGGAUCGACCUACGGCCGACGAUAUUUUGGAACAUCCCUUUAUUGUCGAUUCGACGAAGAUGUUUCCCACUGUCAUUCUGGUCAAACUUGUGGAAGACUACUACAAAUGGGAACACGAAGGCGGCGCUCGAGCCUCGUUAUUCUAUGCGGGAGGUGCUCAAGCGCCUGAUCCUCUCGCUCCGGAAGAAGACGAAGACGAUGACUGGACGUUUAGCACCUCAGACGAGUUCGGAGACCGUUUGUCGAGAGCGUUCCUUGAUCCUUUCUCAGCAGCACCGGGCCAGAGCUUUACUGGGAUCAACAUGCCGAUUGAUGACGACGAUCGUUUCGCGAAGCUCCAGGCCACCUUCCGUGAACAACAGAUAAAGAAAGGAGAAGAGCGACUGAACCGGUUAUUUGACAUGGACAAGUCACCAUACCGCUACAGCGGCGUCGACCAGGCUGACAACGGUCGGCCUCAUUCAGAUCUCCUUCUUCGCGAUUUCAAUCCUGGUGCGCCGAAUCGAGAGACAAUCAUCGACAUAGGAGACUUUGACCCACCCAUGGCUGCUGAUGCGCCCAGCAUUGACCUGGGCGAAGUGCCGACCGUGAAGGCAAACAGGAUAAAGAACCUAUUGCGUGAGAUGGAGUUGGAAGAUGAAGAACGGGAUCGCUUUGAUCAGGAUGACCAAUUGACGAAACGCGCAACACGAGAUUGGAAGUUCCCUACUGCGAAUGAAGACAACAACAGGCGGACUCAAGAUUGGAAGUUCCCACCAAUGCCUGAGCAGCCAAAUCGCCGGACGCAAGAUUGGAAGUUUCCCAUGGCGGAAGAGCCUAUGCCCCCACCAAACAGACAGACACGCGACUUCAAGUUCCCCGCGAUGCCGCCGCCAAAGCCAAAUCGCGCCACGAGAGAAUGGACUUUCGAUGCAGCUAUGGCAGAGGCGAACUAUCAAAAUCAGCGCAACUCACGGCGAGCCACUAAGGACUGGAAGUUUCCAUCGACAUCCGAUGAGCUGCCACCACUGAACAAUCGCAAGACGCGCGACUUCAAGUUCCCUAUGGGUGGGCUGGAGGAGCACGAACCUGACUAUCCACAGCCGUUUGCAUCCUCACCGACACUGGAGUCGAACUUCCGACCCACCCUGAAGCACGCUACAACAGCCCCAAUAGGGACGUUCGAUGAUUACCCACGGGUCGAAUCUGCGCCGGAGUCACCGCUGCGCACCUCUAUGAUCGAUCUAGAUAUGGCAAUGAUUGACGACUAUCGCCCCGGUACGGCUGGGUCGGAAUCCACCACUACGUACUCAGCUGCGACGGAACAGAUGAACGAUAACCCGUUCAACCUCGAAGACCAGGUCCAGCUCACUGAAAACAGCAACCGCACUUCGUACCACACAAAGUCACAGUCAGAGCCUAAUCACGCCAUCCCUGGCCUACUUACACCCCAGACUCUAGACGAGCAAGGCCUUCCAACAACAGUCGACCCGCACCACCCAGGCCUGCACGCCCGCGGCCUCUCCUCAGUCUCGCAAAUGCAAACCCAGCUUAAACCUCCACCCCACAAUGUCCCCUCGGCCUACCACCGCGCCGCACAGCGCUCCCAGCAGCUCGAUUUCGGCUGGUCGCACACCGCAGCCUACCACCACGGGCUCGGUAGUGACGACUCGCCCCCUCUCAGCGUCAUCACCGACGAAUCUGCCGACGACGAAGACAUCGACGAAGCCUGGGACGCCCUCGAGAAACUCACCCUCGCCCGCACUCUAUACCCGCGCUCUUCGCGCCGCACCGACUCCCGCGACGAGCAACCCACCUCCUCCGACGCGGAGGAUGGCUACGCCACCGAUGCCACCGUCGACGAUAUCCCGCGCCCCAUCCGCGUCUCCGUCGGGCCCAACGGGAAGCCUCUCGUUGAUUUUCCUGUGCCCCGCGGGCCACCUGCUGAGGCGCUGCUCGGUGUCCAAGGCGAUCCGACAUUACUGCAGAAUGCGCUGUGGAAGAGUAGUCUGGAGUUGCGGGAUGGGUUGAGGGCGAGUAGGGAUUUGUUGAAGGCGAUGCGGUUGGAGGAUGUAAGGCCGCUGGAGGGGUUGAGUGAGGAGGUGGGGAUGGAGGGGACGAGUACCAUUCGGGUAGGGAAGUAG